AUGGAGAUGCUGCGGCGCACGGCGAGCCGCGCCCGCAGCUACGGCCUCGAGGCCCGCGAGGUGCCGCUGGCGGAGGUCGACGCCCUGUGCGGUGGGCUGCUGUCCAAGGACCCGUCGCGCUUCGUGGGCGCCAUCUCGCUGCCAGGGGAUGGCGCGAUCGACGCGUCCAACGUCUGUGCGCUUCUUUCGGCUGCCGCGCGCAGGGCCGAGGCCACGGUCGUCGAGGGGGUGGGCGUCCUCGAGGUCGCGCCCCGCGCGGGCGGCGAGGAGGGCUUCGACGUGCGCACGGACCAGGGCGACGUGCUGGCCUCCAAGGUGGUGAAUUGCACUGGCCAGUGGGCCAGGAUGCUCGGGCAGGGCACCGGCGUUAGCAUCCCGCUGCACAGCUGCGACACCUCUACGCCUACAGCCGGCCCGGGAGCCUCGACGUGGGCCCCCGCUUCCCGGUGGUGCGGGACCCCGACGGCUGGCUCUACUUCCGGCCCUGGAGCGGGGGGCUGCUGGCGGGCUCCUUCGAGCCGAACGCGAAGGUGUGCUUCCCGCGCGGGCGCGUGCCGGACAAGUUCGAGUUCUCCCUCCUCGAGAACGAUUGGGAUCAUUUCCUGCCGUUCUUGGAAGACGCCUGCGAGACUUUCCCCGCGCUCGCGGACGCACAGGUGGACCUCCUGA